AUGACACUGUCCGCAGUCCCCGACUACGAGAACCAGCACAUCUUCCAGCGCAAUCGACUCAAACCAAGGGCAUAUUUCCUUCCAGAGACGUCUGUCUCGCUCAAUGGUCGCUGGGACUUCAACUAUGCAGCCUCUCCCGUGAGUGCCCCCGAACCAACGGGGGCCAAAGACACCAAAAACGCCACGUCCGAACCCCGCCGGGAUUUAAACCAAUCCAGCUCUCAGGACGCAGAAUCAAAGACCUCUUGGGCUCCCAUGACUGUUCCCGGUCAUUGGCAAUUGCAGGGCUAUGGCCAUCCGCACUACACGAACGUCAUUUACCCUUUCCCCGUCUGCCCGCCAUUUGUGCCGACGGAGAAUCCUACAGGAACCUAUCGUCGCACCUUUCAUGUGCCUGCCGAGUGGGAUGCUUCGUCUCAAUUAAGAUUGAGGUUUGACGGCGUGGACAGCGCAUAUCAUGUUUGGGUCAAUGGUGUCCAGAUCGGAUACGCUCAAGGGAGCCGCAACCCGGCCGAAUUCGACGUAUCGCAAGUUGUCGAUCGCGACGGCGCCAAUGAACUGUUUGUCAGGGUGUACCAGUGGUCCGAUGGCUCGUAUAUUGAGGACCAAGACCAAUGGUGGUUGUCAGGCAUCUUUCGUGAUGUGACCUUGCUCGCAUUUCCUGGCCAGGCCCGCAUUGAAGAUUUCUUCGUGCGCACCGAAUUGGACAAGGAUUACGUUGACGCAACAUUACGCUUGUCUUUGGAACUAGCGCUGACAACGCCGGCCGUCGUGCAACUGACUUUGAGCGAUUCUUCCUCGGGCAGUACAUUGCAUUCCGAAAAGUACUCCCUCCAGGCGAAGCAGGACAAACUCGAGGUUGAACUUUCCGUCUCCAACCCAAGGAAAUGGACAGCAGAGACACCAACCCUGUACGAUCUAUGCAUCGUUCUCUAUGGUGACGUUGCCAAGGAACCCGUUCAAAAGAUCAACCACCGUGUCGGGUUCCGCCAGGUUGAGAUCAAGAACGGCAACAUCACCGUGAACGGUGCACCGGUGAUGUUCCGGGGCGUCAACAGGCACGACCAUCAUCCACGCUUUGGCCGAGCGGUUCCUCUAUCGUUCCUGCGCGAGGACCUCUUGAUCAUGAAGCGGCAUAAUGUCAACGCUCUCCGUUGCUCGCACUACCCGUCCCAUCCCCGGCUAUACGAGCUCUGCGACGAGCUCGGCCUAUGGGUGAUGGACGAGGCAGACCUGGAAUGCCACGGCUUCUAUGAUGCCGUCGCCCGCCCCCUGGAUAUCCCCGAGUCAAUGGACUACGAGGAGCGCAAGAAGCUCACCUUCGACGAGGCGGCGCAGUUCACCACUAACAACCCCGAGUGGAAAGAUGCAUACGUGGACCGAAUGGUGCAAAUGGUGCAGCGUGAUAAGAACCACUCCUGUAUAAUCAUCUGGUCCCUCGGGAAUGAGUCAUUCUACGGCGCCAACCACCAAGCCAUGUAUGACUAUGUCAAGGCGUUUGACCCCAGUCGUCCGGUGCACUACGAGGGAGAUAUGGAGGCCAAGACGGUGGAUAUGUACUCGUACAUGUAUCCUUCAGUUGAUCGACUUGUAGGUCUUGCUACUGCAGAGGGAGAUACGUUUGAAAAGCCAAUUGUCCUUUGCGAGUAUGCCCACGCGAUGGGUAACGCACCGGGUGGCCUGGAAGAGUAUAUGGAAGCCUUCCGAACCCACCGGCGCCUGCAAGGGGGAUGGAUCUGGGAGUGGGCAAACCACGGACUCUGGGAUGAGGAAAAGGGAUGGUAUGGUUAUGGUGGUGACUUUGGCGAUACGCCCCAUGACGGCAAUUUCGUACUGGACGGACUGCUAUUCAGUGACCACACCCUAACGCCUGGUAUCAUUGAACUGAAGAAGGCAUAUGCGCCAGUUCGGGUGUUGCCUGGUGAGGAAGGGGCUCUGGUUGUGGCGAACGACUACAAUUUCGUUGGCCUAGAAGGUCUCCAGGCAGUCUACAAGAUUGAAGUCUUGGGAGAAAGCGGGCACAUUAUUUCCACCGGCAACAUAGAACUUCCGUCUAUUCCUGCAGGCCAGAAAGGAACUAUCAAGCUGCCAUCUGCGCCUGCUACAAGAACUCCCGGGGAGGUCUGGCUCACCAUCAGCUUCCAAGCAAAAACAGAGACCCCGUGGGCCGCAAGCAACUAUGAAGUCGCCUGGUACCAGCAGUGCCUCAAGUCCUCCUCUCUACCUGCACCUUUGUCCACACCCGCUCAUCCUUUGACGCUCUCAUCCACAAAGACAAAACACAAGAUCACCGGCGCCACAUUCAGCCUGGAGUUCUCAAGAGAAACCGGCAACCUUUACGCCUGGACCUCCGACGGUCUCUCCCUCCUUGAUCAGUCCUCAACAACCGGUGCCGUCUCCCUCGGAUUCUGGCGUCCACCAACCGACAACGACGUGCCUUAUGAUCUCGGCGAAUGGCGGCGCUUUGGGCUCGACACGCUCACCUCUCAGCUGCGCAAGAUGCACGUAGUUCAGCAUACCCCCACGAGUGUAGAAGUCACAGCGGAAACAUACAUCUCCGCGCCGAUUCUGGCAUGGGGAUUCUUCGCCUGUACCAGUUAUAUCAUCUCCGGCAAUGGUGCCCUAACCGUCAAUGUGCAUCUGAAGCCCCACGGGCCAAUCCCUAAGGACCUGCCUCGGAUGGGCCUGGAUGUACGUCUCGCGGACGAGUUGGACAAUACCUCGUGGUUCGGCCUAGGGCCUGGAGAAGCAUACGUAGACAAGAAGAGAGCGCAAAAGGUGGGUAUUUACCACGCUACGACGGCGGAACUGCAUACCCCCUACGAAGUGCCUGAGGAAGGGGGCAACCGGAUGGAAACCCGCUGGUUGCGUGUGCACGACAGCAGAGGAUGGGGCCUCAGAGUGACUCGCAUUAAGGAGGAGAGUGACAGGGAGCCCACCGAGCUGUUCCAGUGGGUCGCAACGCGGUACAAUGCCGAGGCUAUCGAGACAGCCCGGCAUGCGAAUGAACUUGUUCCUGAAAAACUGGUCAGGUUGAGGCUAGAUGUGGAGAGCUCUGGCGUUGGGACUGGAGCCUGUGGCCCUCGUACUCUGGACAAGUACCGGGUCAAAUGCCGAUGGAUCCAUGACUCCACCCGCGCAAACUUCACCUACGCAGGGGCCAAUUGGCCAGGUGCGGGCGAGGUCAUGAUACCCGAAGGGAUGCAGUACGCCUCCAUCGCCUCGGCAGUCUCCAAGCUCAAGAGCCUAGGAAUGAACGUCAUUCGGUUGACCUUUCCCAUCGAACUGGUGGAUGAUAUCCUCGACAACGGCAGAGAUGUCACCGUUCAGAACUCGCUGAUAAACGCGCUGGGAACAACGAACGGGACCAAGGUCUUCAGUCAGAUCCGCAAGGUGAACCCGCAGAUCAAGCCCACCACGACUCGUCUGCAAGUAUAUGAUAUGGUCGCCGAGGAGUGUAACAGACAAGGAAUCUAUGUACACUUGGAUAAUCACAUCUCCAAGGCCAUGUGGUGUUGUUCGACCACGGAUGGUAACGCCUGGUUUGGAGAUACAUACUUCGACGUUACUAAGUGGAUGAGAGGGCUAGAGUAUAUGGUUUCUCAUGCCAAAUCAUGGCCCAAUUUUGUCAGCAUCGGACUGCGCAAUGAGCUUCGCCAGCCCGCUACGGCCAACUCGGAGUACCCCUACAACUGGGGGACGUGGUAUACGCAAAUGACAACGGCAGCGAAGAAGGUCAACGCGGCCAACCCGAACGCGCUGAUCUUCUUGUCUGGUUUGAACUACGAUACCACGCUCUCGCCCAUUCCGACCGCCUCAGACCUCGGCAACGGGGUCACAUUCCGUCUCUCCGACUUUGACUUUGCGGGUAAGCUGGUCCUGGAACUCCACAACUAUGCCACUGGUUCCAGCAGCUGCAGCUCGCUGUCCAGUUUGCUGUGGAAUGCCGGAUUCAACGCCCUCAAUUCGUCCGACCCGUCGAUUGAGAAUCCCAUGCCGGUGGUCCUGACCGAGUUUGGUUUCUUACAGGACAGCACCACCUGGGAGAAUGUGUAUGCCAGCUGUCUGAGGAUGUGGAUUCCUGAGCAGCACGCCGGUUGGAUCACUUGGGUCAUUGCAGGGAGCUACUACAUUCGGCAAGGCACCCAAGACUUUGACGAGACAUGGGGCAUGCUUGACCAUACAUGGUCUGAUUGGAGGUCUCAAGAUGCGAUUGAGCAGGGAUUGAAAGUAAUGGUCCAGUCGUCGCUCGAUGGAUAG